GGAGGGAGGAAGGAGGCGGUCGUCAGGGGAGGAGCCAGCCGCACCGCCGGAGCGAAGCAGAGCCGGAGGAAGACGGAACCGGGAGGAGCGAAGAAAAAGAAGAAGAAUUAGAGGAGGAGGAGGAGGAGGAAGAAGAAGCAGGCCCGGAGCUGAAAGGAGGAGAGCGCUGAGGCGGCUAGGCCAGACGCGCCUCCCCAACCCCCCCCCACCGCGGCACGGCCGCCAUCAUGGAGCAGCAGCAGCAGCAGCCGCCCGUCAGUCGGUACCAAGUGCUUCACAAUGAAGAUGACCCUGCCGAAUCUACAAUUGAACAACCGUCCACCUCUACGGAAACUGCACCAGCUUGUCAAACAGAGGCACCUUUACCUGAGGUGGAUACUUCCCCUCCACCUUAUUGUAGCAUCGCUACAGAAGCAGCUGCACCAACAGAAGUGGAAUCGCCCAACGACUUUUACCCAGUGCCGCCUCCCUACAGCGUAGCUACCUCUCUUCCCACUUACGAUGAGGCGGAGAAGGCCAAAGCUGCAGCAAUGGCAGCUGUGGCAGCAGAAGCAGCAGCGCAAAGACACGGCCAUUUUAGGGAGUCUAGGAGUCUGUUUGAUGAAAUAUUCCUGAGUCCACCGGAGGAAGAAGAAUAUCCCCCGAGAGAUGACUUCAGUGAUGCAGACCAACUCCGUGUGGGGAAUGAUGGCAUUUUUAUGUUGGCUUUUUUCAUGGCAUUCAUUUUCAACUGGAUUGGAUUUUGCUUAUCAUUCUGUAUAACUAACACCAUAGCAGGAAGAUAUGGUGCAAUCUGUGGAUUUGGAUUGUCUUUGAUCAAAUGGAUUCUUAUUGUCCGGUUCUCGGAUUACUUCACUGGCUAUUUCAAUGGACAGUACUGGCUUUGGUGGAUAUUUCUUGUACUUGGCCUCCUUCUAUUUUUCCGAGGUUUUGUUAAUUACCUGAAAGUUAGAAAUAUGUCUGAGAGUAUGGCGGCAGCUCAUAGAACAAGAUUUUUCUUCUUGUAUUAGAGAUUGCAGCAACCAGGCAUUCCUCUUUAUCAAUGUGAACUUCCAACCCAACAGUUACCUUCCGACGAAUAGGGAACGAUGACUACUGUAUCUGAAGCAGGAUUCUUUUUGCCGCUUAGUGAAUGACGGAAUGGUUCAUGCUUAAGUGCCAGUUCUGUUCAUUCUAGUCAAUAUUUAUAUUAAGCAUUGCCUUUUGUCUUGCACAUAUAUACAUAUACAAUAUAUAUAUGUGCUAAUCAGCAAGAACUUUAAAAAAAAAUAAAAUCCAUGCAUAUAGUCUGCUAAGCAGCUGAAUACAGUAAGACUUAACUAAA